AUGUCACUGGUGACCAAUCGUGAGAUGAAAAUUAUUACGAUUUGUUAAUUUUUAGUGAUUUUUUGUCCCAACUACCAAGUGCGAUAACCACGCGAUAACUUUGUGAAUAAAUAGGUCGCUAUAAAAAGCAACAACACAACAUCUGCUUUAAGUCUUAACGAAUAAUUUUAUUAAAAUGGCUGAAGAAAUUCAAAAGAAACUACAAAAAGAGUUCGAACUGUUCAACAAUCUAAAAAAAGAAUAUCAUAAGGCAGUUGCACAGAAACAACAAUUAGAUAGCCAAAUGAAUGAAAAUAAAGCUGUAAAAGAAGAAUUAAGUUUAUUAAAAAAGGAUGCCGAAGUCUACAAACUCAUCGGUCCAGUUUUAGUGAAACAAGACUUGGAAGAAGCAAGACAGAAUGUGGCAAAACGCUUAGAAUACAUUAGUAAAGAGAUCAAGAGGUCAGAUGGAAACAUUUCAGCGUUAGAAAAUAAGCAAGAAGCUGUCCACGAAAACCUAAACAAACUCAAAACGAAUCUUGAUAACUUAAAGAUAGCUGCAUAAGAAAGUACUAAAAUCUCUACCUAUUUCUAUUAAUACAUGACUUUUGAGAAAUUACGCGAUGCUUUUCUCUUUUUGCUUUAUUGAAAAAAUUUACAUUUUGAACAAUUUUUGCUAAUACGAUUAAAAUUAACAAUUUUAACAGUUUUUAAUACUAGUAAGUAUUGGAUCAUACUAAAACAAACUCGGUACAAGUUCCCUGAUAAGAGCCAUCAGUUGAGAGAUAAUCAUCCAGACGUGGAGGGAAGGUUGACAGCAUAGGCGGACAGACAUGUUAAGAAAAGUUUUGCUGUGAAAAACUGAAUUUGAUCAUUUAAUACCAAAAAGCAUUGCUUUUAAGAACAAAUUUAUAAUUUAUAAAACUAAUAAAAUCUGAAUUUAAA